AUGACACCCUUGUGGGCAGCUCGUCCCUGGACCAAUCACAGCCGCGCAGGUGAACUGGAGUUCGUUCUGCUGGGCUUUGCACAUGUGCCCUCCCUGCGCCCAAUGCUCGCAGUGCUCUUCCUGGCCAUCUUCCUGCUCACGCUGCUAGGCAACACGCUCAUCGCCCUGCUCACCAGCCUGGACCCAGGCCUGCGAGCGCCCAUGUACUUGUUCCUGCGCCAGCUGGCCCUGGUGGAGAUCUGCUUCUCACUGGACGUGGCGCCCCGUCUGCUGGUGACCCUGCUGCGACCUGGUCGCGGGAUGUACCCCAUAAGCUGUGCCCUGCAGCUGUUCUUCGUGCUGUCCUGUGUCACAUCUGAGUGCUUGCUCCUCACAGUCAUGGCCUGGGAUCGCUUCCUGGCCAUUUGCAGGCCUCUGCACUAUGGUACCAUCAUGAGCUUGAGGCUGUGCCACCUGCUGGCCACCACCUGCUGGCUCGCAGGAACCCCCGUGGGUCUGGUCUUCACCAUCUGGCUCUUCAACUUCCCGUACUGUGGGUCUCGGGGCAUUCGGCACUACCUCUGUGACAUACCACCUCUGCUGAGCCUGGUGUGUGCAGACACCAGAGUCUUCGAGGCCAGUGUGUUCGUGGCCACGAUGUUAAUUAUGAUUGUUCCUGUAUCUCUGAUAGUCAUGUCCUAUACCAGGAUUCUGGUUGCUGUCCUUCGGAUGCCAUCAGCCUCUGGGCGACGCAAGGCCCUGUCCACCUGUGCCUCCCACCUCGUCGUAGUAAUUCUGUUUUAUUGCACAACGGGGAUCAUCCACUUGUGCCCCAAGUCCAGCUACUCCCCUGAGAGCAAGCAAGUGGUGUCCCUGUCCUACACCAUGGUGACCCCCAUGCUCAACCCCCUCAUCUACAGCCUGCGGAACAAGGAGGUCAAGGCUGCCUUAGUUCGUGUCUUCAUUCAGAGACGAGGUACCUUUACCCCCUGA